AAAGUCAAUGUCAUUAUUUUAAAUAAUAUUCGUGUUUUCCCCGAGAUUAUUUAUUUUUAAUUAAUUAAAAUAUAUGAACCGUAGCGGUGCACAUGUACAUUAACAAUAACGGUUCAAAUAAUUGUUAUCAUUGACCUAUAAUCCCAAAACCAUGUGCUAACUCCGUUGUAAAGUUUAUUUAAUUAAACAAUGUUCAUCAAGAUCACAAAACAUUUCUAGUGAUUAUUUUGUUACCGUGAACUACAACUGUUAAUCAUGGAAUACGAUAAUGAUGAGAAUACUUGGCGAAGAUCUUCAACACCAAAGUUUAAACAAUCGACUUGCAAAUCAAUUCCUAGAAGGUCGACAACUACUGCGGUUGUUGUCCUUGGGCUUGCAGUUCUGAGUUGUUUGUUAGGUUACUGUGUAUUAAGCGAAACUUUACCUUACGAAUCGAAAACUUUGCGUCUUGUUAUAAUUUUAUUCCGUCACGGAGCUAGAGCACCAGUAUCUAGUUAUAAUAGUGACCCAUUUAAAAACUAUCAAUGGCCAGAUGGACUGGGAAGCUUAACAAAUGCUGGCAAACUGCAACUGUAUGAGUUGGGAAGGAAAUACCGCAGUUAUUAUGCCAAUUUUAUCCCAGAAGAGUACAAUGAGAAGGAUAUCUAUGUGCGCAGCAGUGACUCUUCUAGGUGUAUGAUGAGCGCAUACACAUUCUUGGCUGGCUUGUACCCUCCUUCUGACAGGCAAAUGUGGCACCCUGAAAUUAUGUGGCAGCCCAUCCCUGUUCACUCCUUACCAAGAGAAAUUGAUAAUAUAGUAGCAGCAACAAAACCUUGUAAAUCAUGGAAGAGAAUGUAUGAAGAGUUAUUGACUGAAAAGAAUUCUGAUGCUAAAUACACUGAAUUAUUUGAUUAUUUAAGUAAACAUACAAAUCAAAGCAUGCGGAGUGUUCUCAAUGUGGAUUACUUGUACAGUACACUACACACUCAACAAGAAGCAGGGCUGAAACUGCCAGAAUGGACAAAAAAUGUAUUUCCUAUCAAAAUGAGACAACCAUUUAUGCUGAGUUUGGCUUUAUUAUCAUAUAAUGAAUCAUUGCAGAGACUACACACUGGACCACUGCUGGGAAAAAUAAGGUCACACUUGCAAGAAGCAGUUACACAUAUAAAUAUGGACAGGGCAUUAUAUGUAUAUUCGGCACAUGAUGUCAAUAUGGUGUCGCUUAUGAGAUCUCUGGGAUUCACAGAAUUGUUGGAACCAGAGUAUGGAGCUAGUAUUGUUGUAGAGCUGCACGAAGAAGUGGAACAGGAUACAUUUUUUAUCAAGCUUUUCUACCGAAACAAUACAAAAGUAGAGGUCCCCAUGGAAUUGAAAAUACCAUUCUGCAAUGAGCCCUGUACCUAUGAUAGAUUUAUUGAACAUCUUGGGACACUAAUACCAUCUGAUUGGGAAUCUGAAUGUCAAAAUUAGACUCUAGAUAAGUGUUUUUUUUUACAUCUUUUAUAAGACCCUACUAGUUUUAUGCAUGUUCUUAUAUCAAUAUCUAAUGAUAAAUGUUAUAGUUACCUGUGAUGAAUUAUGUAGUCAAACAAUAAUUUAUCUUUGCCAAAUUACUCUAUAUAAUACUCAAGAAAUUGGAAAUUUUAUUCUGAGAUUAAUAAAUACAUGUUUAAAAAAGUCAAUAUUCCUCAUAGCCAUAUUUAGAAAAGAGGAAAGUUCCAAUGUCUCAUAGCCAAAGUCUUAUUCCUCCGUGGGAAAAAGACAGCUAGGGUCAUCAAGUACCAUUGUUUAACCACUCCGGAAUUAGUGCUUCUUUAAGACAUCCUGGUAUUCCUCCAGAUCUUUAUUUUAACAGUUUGCAAUAUAAUUGUUUAGCCUAGAAUAAUAUUAUAAAUUGUACUUUGAGAUAUUUAUUUACAGGAGAUGAAGUAAUACCAAAUUAUUUAUUUUUAUGUGGAUAAGCUGUGGUUCCUUUCGGAUUCUUCAGUUAGCCUCAGAUUAUUUUCUAAUGAAGUUCGAAUUAAGUCUCUGCCGCCUUUUAAACUUGAAUUUUUUCAUUUGAAAAAAUUUCCCUGUACAAUAAAUUAUGUACAAUAUGUCAUUGGAUGACUUAUUAAAUUAUAAAAAUAAAGAAAAUUAUGAGAUUAUUAUCUUGUUUUGUAGUAGCUAUUUCCUAAACUUACAGUAUCAAAAAUUUACAAUUUAUUUAAAGUUUAGACAAUAGUUUUGUGAUAGUGAAAUGACUCAAGUAACAAGUACCCAUGUUUAAAUUUUUGCUUGAAGUUUGGACUGGUAUGUUACCAAUGCCAUAACAUAUGAAGUAGAUUAUGAUUUUCCAAUUUUCUAUGAAAUCCUGCAACAAGACAUUCCACAUAUUUUCUUACUGCAAUAUACAAUAAAGUUAAUAACAGCUAUUUUUAUCACCUUCUUCACUUUUUUCUAUUAAAUAAUACUUAUAAAUGUUGUGUACAGAUAUAUUACUAAGCAUUUUAUAAUGUUGCCCAAAAUGUUUUAUUGUAUUUCAUUAAGAAAUUGUCUCAAUCGACUGAUUUUCUUCUAUUAAUUAUUCAAUUUCUUAAAAAUUUGUAUAAUAUUAAUGUUGUUUAAUACAUGAUAUUUAGGUUAAGAUUUAUCUUAAUAAAAUCUGUGUUAUGAUCAUUAAUAAUGACAUAAAACCAAAAUGGGCUAAGAACUAAACGUGGGAUAGGUAUUAGCUGUCAGUUGUUAUUUUUUUAACUAGGAACAUAAAAUGUAUUGUGCUUGUUUGUCUCUUUACCUUCUCAUUUUGAUUCGUGUUUACGACUAAUAUGGGCUCAAUUUUCGAUACUGCUUUCAAUACUAUGUAAGUAUUUGAUUGUAAUUUGACCUACCUAUCCCUAUCCUAUAUAUUGUAAGCAAUUACUAUUUUUAACCCGCGGCGUCACAGUUCACACGCGUGGUACCCGAAUCCGCGUAGCGUAAUCCAGAUUACAAUUAUCUAUAUCUGUACCAAACAUCAUACACAUACGAUAAGCUGUUUAUCGUAAAAGAGUGACAAACAUCCAUGCAUCUAUCCAUAUUUACAAACAUUCGCGAUUAGAAUAUUAGUAGGUCUACUAACUAGGAUAUUGGGCAACAAAUGGUUUUAUGUUAUUCAAUGACUUUUAUUGUGUAAAGAUUUUAUGUCAACGUAUUAUAUGUGGUUAUGAAUAAAAUGUUUGUGAAAUCAAU